UUAAAUUUUAAAUUUAUCUGUACUCUGCUCAUCACCUUACACGCCCCACCCCAACAGGUCCGGUCCUCCGGGCCAGAGAUGGGCAAAAACAAAUUUUCACCUCAACAAAAUGAAAACGGACAAAAAUAUAUUUUUAACAAAAUACAAAACGAAACGAAAAAAUUAUUUUUAGACAAAGUACAAAACGAAAAAUUUCUGCCCCUCUCUGCUCCGGGCCCAUUCUUUAUUUUCGGCAUUCUCUGGCCACAUGUCCUCUUUGGCCGCAGCGUUGGCAUUCUUUUGGCCUCCAUUCUCGCUGCGAGCUACUUUGCCAUUCUGUGUAUCGUGUUGGGCCUGUUUGAGGUUGGGAUAUUUGAUUAG